UGACCACGCUCGAGCAACGACCCAUUGGCUGCUAUUUUUCCUACCUGCCGUGCACUAUCUGCAGACCCCUCCACCCGAAACCUCCAGUUGGAUUCUCUAAAUAUAUGCGAGAAGUUGCCCACGCACGGUCAAAAGUCACCACUAAAUCAGAUGAAUCGAGAUCGAUUCACUGCCGUUUUAGUAGGUGGCCAGCAGGCACUGUUGACGUCGAGGGGACCCUCUGCGCACGAGGCCCCCCCGGCCACCCCCAGGCACCGCCGCGGCAAGAGUAUGGCCCCACCAGUACCCUCGUCCCUUUUCCACUACUACCAGUACGGAGCGCUACUUUCCCAAAUGGGUGCUCAUGCACGUGCACGCUCAAACUUUAUUUUCUCCUGUAAGAAUUUUCUACAACUUUGAAGCGAAUGGUUCGUAGCGCAAUUCCGUGCAGCGAACCCAUCGUCAACACCUUUGACGGGGGGGAGGGGGCAGUGGGGGUGCGAGGUGUCCUGUCAUGUUUGUGGACGACCUCCCCUCCGUCCACGAGCUACUGCACCGGCCGUACUGUUUGCCAUCAUCCUGUCGCACCUCUCCUCGGAGCUGGGAGAUACCCAGAUCCUCGUCGCCCUCGCGCCAGAUCUCGUCCGAGUUUAAUUCCCAGGAGAAUCGCGGGUUUGCGUCGUCAAUACAAUUCUCAGAUUUCUCACAAAAUAUUUCUCGGUCUGCUCACUCGCUCGCCCUCCUCGCCAAAACUUGUGGUUGGUCUGUUGGUGGCCGUCCCUCUAAAACUUGUGGUUGGAAAGCCCCCCCCCCCCCCCCCCCGCCAACUUCGGCGACAUCUGCCCAUGCACAGAAGCUUCGAAGACCAUGGUCCACGCACACAGCCCAGGCCGCCAUGUACCACCCAUGACGAGUGGUCCCUGUGUGUCCGCCCCCCAGCAAGCUCUAGCUGGGAGCAGGCCCUCAGCCUGGAGGUGCUAGGCCUACACACAAGAGUGGGGGGAGGGCUGUUCACACCUCGGCUCACCAACCCUGCGAAAAUCUUUUUUUUCGCGCUAAAAAUAAAGCUUAAAAAUUCAGGAGUUACGUACAGAACCGAAUCGGUAUUCUUCUCUGCUGAAUUCUUACACUUUUAUUUUUUCUUUUGCUUCCGGUUUAGGUUUCUCAUUUAUUUUUUACGCCGCACCGCGUUUAUCCCCAAUGCUAAACUCCCAACAACUCUCAAGUGGUUACAUUAGACGUUCUUACCACUGCGAAUUGUGGUCCUCCAGCAACCACCCUAAUUCAGACCUUCCCCGCCACUCCACCCACUCUCCAUCUUUUGAAAGGAAACCUCCGCCUGUCAACCAUGCUCUUUUUUCUUGGUAUGGACCAAAGCCUCCCGUUUAUACUUGUCCCACUUACACGGACCUUAACUCCUUAUGCACCUGCACAUAGGGGAAUCUCUUACAAAAUCUAAUUAAAAAUUUGCGGGCGCUAAAAUGUUUUUGUUUUUUGGAUUCCCGGUACUUCUC